AUGAAGACAAUCAAGAAGAAACUUUAUAAAAUUAAAUGUUUGACAUUGGUGAAGACUACUUUGACAAAGAUCAUACUAAUUAGAACUACUCAACUCCUGACAUUUAUUUUAUUUUCUCUGUUAGUUUGCAGUCUACCCCCGGAUGCAGGUACUGGAUCUCAAAAUCAAAUCCAAUUUUAUUAUGACAAAAUAAAGAAUUUCUGCGAACCAUUUGCCUACAAAGGAGAGGGGGGAAAUGCAAAUCGUUUUGCCAAGGAGAAAGAAUGCUUUAAGAAUUGUUCCUCCACACCUGAUCUUCUUUAUCCCGAUAAGCGAGAAACAUUGUGUGAGAUGCCAUCAGUGACAGGCAGCUGCUAUGGUAGGAUGCUUAUGUGGCAUUUUGACAGCACGGCUUCAACCUGUAGAACCUUCAUUUACAGCGGCUGCCACGGGAAUGGAAACAGAUUUUCCACAAGGCUGGAAUGCUUGGAGUUCUGCAGAGGAAAAUCUGCUAGGGCAAUUGGAAAUCAGCCUGUGGAGGAAGAGCCUGAAAAAUCGGCAGUAGAUGAAGGUCUAAUAGUGGGGAUUGUGGGAGGCUGCAUAUUUGUCGUUGCACUUGUUGCUGCAAUUGUCGUUUUUGUCACCCAAAGGAAGAGCCACAGUAAAAGAAGAAGCACUGAAGUAGAGAUGAAGUGAAAAGAAAAACAACAGCAGAAAUACGUGUUGGAUCAGGAAAUAAAGUGCAUUUUCAGUAAAAAAAAAAAAAAAAAAAUGAAGUGCUGUACAUAAUGGGCAAGAUUCUCAAAGCGUUCUUCUCCAAAUUGUUAUAAACAGCACAAUGUAUUUUCUUCUAGGGAAAACAUCAGUUACAAAGCCAUGUGUCAUUGUCUGUUUCUGAUUGUGUAAUAAUGUGUUAAUUCAUGUGUAAAUUAGUAAUGUGAGAAUCUAUCCCAUUGUUUUAGAUUCUUUGAGAAGUUUAUUUACUGUACUGACUUUCAUUAAAAUAUGUUUUAUACAAACCAUC